UGAUCCACUCUCGUCCUAUCCUGCUUCCGCCAUUGAUUAUUUAAUUAAAAUACAAAUCCCCGGAGUUCUGACAAUCCCAGCUCAUCUGCAUGCAUAUAUGAAUGAAAGAGCUGAAUAAAUACGCCACAAUGAAAGAGAGAGCAACAGAGAGAGAGAGAGAACAAGAAGAUAUCAAGUUUCCAGCUAGGCAUCGAUUAUCGAUAUAGCUUAAUUUCCUUGAAGAAAAUGGUGAGCUACAAGGCUGAAGUACCUUUGAGUCCGGCAGCUCAAUUGUUCCAUGCGCCGAGUUUCAACUGCUACAUCAUCGCGAUUGUUGGGUGCAAAACUAGAGUUAAUCCAAGUGUUAUCAAAGAAGGAUUGAAGAAGACUUUGAUCAAACAUCCUCGUUUCUCCAGCAAGCUGGUCACAGAAGGAAGGAAAAUGAAAUGGAGUCAAACAAUAGUAAAUGUCGAAAACCAUGUUAUUGUUCCGGAUAUAGAUUCAGAAAUGGAAAAUCCUGAACAAUUUGUUGAAGACUACAUCUCCCAUAUAACAACACAACCUCUGGAUCUCUCAAAACCCUUAUGGGAACUUCACAUCCUGAAUGUUAAAACCUCGGAGGCAGAAGCCAUAGGAGUGUUUCGGAUUCACCACUCAAUUGGAGAUGGAGCAUCUCUCAUUUCUCUUCUGCUUGCAUGCACCAGAAAAACCUCUGACCCAGAAGCGCUGCCAAGUGUUCCAGUGCAGAAAAAUGAAGGUUCAGGUGCUCCUGAACGGGGGAUUUGGUGGUUGUUUUUGGCAAUAUGGUCAGGAAUAAUGUUAAUUUGGAAUAGCGUUGUGGAUUUGAUUAUGUUUUCAGCAACAACGUUAUUUUUGGAAGAUACAAGGAAUCCUCUGAAAGGUGGUCCUGGAGAUGAGAAUGCUCCCAAGCUGUUUGUUCACAGAAUAUUGAAUUUGGAUGACAUUAAGCUUGUCAAGAAUGCAAUGAACAUGACCAUCAACGAUGUUAUAUUGGGAGUUACACAAGCUGCUCUCUCGCGGUAUCUCAAUCGGAUCAACUCAGCUGAAACUGAUGGAGAACACAAGUCAAGUAAUCUUCCAAAAAACAUCCGCCUUAGGGCAUCUGUUCUUGUCAACCUCAGACCAACUACGGGUAUCCAGGCAUUGGCUGAUAUGAUGGAGAAGGGAUCCAAGGGCGGGUGGGGAAAUAGGAUCGGAUAUGUUCUUCUUCCCUUCAAAAUAGGUUUGCAAAAUGACCCAUUAGAGUAUGUUCGUGGAGCUAAAGCCACAAUCGAUAGAAAGAAGCUCUCUCUUGAAGCUUUAUGCACAUUUUCAACUGCCAAGUUAGUACUCAAGGCAUUUGGUUACAGGGUGGCUGCUGCUACGGCGGUGAGAGUUCUUUCAAACACUACAAUGGCUUUCUCAAAUGUGGUUGGCCCUUCAGAGGAAAUUAGCUUUUAUGGCCACCCAAUCACUUAUAUUGCUCCAAGUGUUUAUGGACAUCCGCAGGCAUUGACAAUCCAUUUCCAAAGCUAUUUGAAUAAGAUGAUCGUUGUUGUAGCUGUUGACCCAAAUGUGAUUCCGAAUCCUCACCAACUUUGCGAGGAUAUUGAUGAAUCUCUCAAUAUCAUCAAGAAAGCUUUUAUAGAAAGAGAAUUAACUAAUCAUACUGAUGUUGUCUAAUUAGUACUAAUAGAUUUUUGGAUUGAACGUAAUCAGAUCAAGAUUUGUGCCGUAAAUUGUAUUACCAUUAUAU